CAAAAAGAUGAAUGCCAAUUCAAUUCUCGUGAUUGUAUCACAAACGCGGCGUUUGCUAACCAACUUUCUUUCUUUUUUUCAACUUUUUGCUUUUAGCACAGAAGCUCGUCUAUCAAUGCAAGUUGUACCUCGAAGUUUCCUGAUGGCAAGCUCUUCCAACAGCAAUAGCUAUCGCGAGCUUGAGGAUGGCGAUGAUGGAGAAGAGGACGAUCGCCAGAGCCUUUUACUCCUCAGUUGGAACUCUACUACCAUUCAUCUUGCAGAGUUUGCAACGUUACCGUUUCUUUUUCUGCAACUCCCUCAGAUCAUUCUCAACGCUCGGAACUUGAUUGCUGGGAACUACGAAGCAUUGUCAGCAGUGCAAUGGAUGGGACAAUUGACGAGCUUGCUGGGAAAUCUCUCGCUACUUUCAUAUUUUGCUGGACGACGUGAGCGAGGUGCCAUGGCUGUUCAAGCGGUUGGCGUGCUUACGACUUUGGUGGUUUUGAUCCAACUUGGAAUAGCAGGCGCAAUGCCUUCCCUGGCUUUGGCUGGAACAGUGAUCGCAGUGGCCUUUGGUUUGCUGCUCAACCUUUUAAACUACCUGCUGCUUCUACGUGAAUGGUUGUGGAAGAUCUGGGAAGCAGUGAUCAGUGUUGGUGGCGCGACCGUUCUCUUGCAGGUGAUGUGGUCUACGUUCGAACCUCACAUUCCACACACCAUUCUUCCAGCCGUGAUAACUGGAUGCUAUCGGUUUCUUGCCUCAGAAAUGGUCAGACUUCUUGGUUGCUCUUUCGGCAUGGACUGCAACCUUGCUCUUCAUGUGGACGCCGGUGGCUCAAAUGUUCCAGAAUUUUAUCGACCCCGAGAACAUCAAGGGCUUGUCACCCUUAACAAUUCUGCUGGCCAUGAUUGGCAAUGGACUUCUCGUCCCUCGGGCUCUAUUCACCAGAGAUCUCAUGUGGUUAGCAUUCGCUAUUCGUUCUGUUUUUUUUUCUUUUUUUUUUCUCUCUUGCGGAGUUUUCGUUUGAUUUCCAGGUUCACAGGUGCGGCUUGGGGGACUUUGUUUCAAGGUUGGGGACUACUUCUAACGCUUUGGAUAGCUCGUGCUUUGAGUGGUACAGUUUUUGGGACAGUCACGGGAUUACUCACAACAUGGCUGGCAGGAUAUGUGAUGCAAAAAGACUCCACCGCAUAUGCAUUGAAGUGCUCGCUGUGUCCCUUGCUGGAGCUGUGCCUUGGUAAAAGAAUGCCAAUUUAAACAAAGAAGCGGGUGUGUGACUGUAUGGAAAUUGAUAUUAAAUUUAACAUCCUGUGUAAAAGAAAAAUAUAUUCUACGCCAUUAUAA